AUCCUGCUCUGUAGCCUAUACUUUUGUCUGUUUGGAGCUUUACAGGUGUACUCAUUAAGUGCGUUCCUGUCUAGAAGUAUUUGGGAACAGCUGCAUUUAAGGUUCCUGCUCUGUAUUGUAAUUUACAGCAGUACUGCUCUGAACCAAGAAGAUAAUUGCAUCUGAAGAUGACAGUCCCAUAACAGAGGAGGAAAAAAAUAUGCUUAAUGAAAUUCUAGCUAAUCAAGAUAUUUCAUCAGCAACAAACACAAUCAAAGAAUAUUUCAAACAGCAGGAACGGGUUGAGCUAAAUAUUGCUGUGACAGGGGAGUCUGGUUCUGGAAAGUCCACAUUUGUCAAUGCGUUCAGGGGUUUAGGGGAUGAAGAGGAAGAUUCUGCCGAAACAGGUGAAAAGGAGACCACCAUGGAACCCCAAGUUUACCCUCAUCCAAAUUACAAAAAUAUGAAAUUGUGGGAUCUCCCUGGAAUCGGAACAUCAAACUUCAAAGCCGAUAAGUACCUUCAGCAGGUUAAAUUCGAACGUUAUGAUUUUUUCAUCAUUAUUGCAAAUCGGUUCAGAGAAUGUCACACCUACCUGGCCAAAGAGAUCAUAAGCACUGGGAAGAAGUUUUACUUUAUCCGUUCCCAGAUUGAUUUUGCCAUUAAAAAUGAAAAAAAAAAAAAAAACUUUGACCAAAAAAAGACACUGGAUAAAAUUCGGGAGAAUUGUGUAAAUGGGCUGAAAGAAAUAGGUGGUAUGGAUGACCCUGUUGUGUUCUUGAUCUCCAGCUGUGACCUUAGCAAAUAUGAUUUCAAUCUACUGCAUGAGCGGAUGGAGAAGGAGCUUCCACAGCAUAAGAGGCACGUGCUGAUUCUGACUCUGCCAAAUAUCACGCUGGAGAUAAAUGAGAGAAAGAAGGAAGCUCUGAAGAAAGACAUUUUUAAUGUAGCCUUUUUGUCUGCAUGUGUGGCAGCAGUUCCUGUUCCCGGUCUUUCGAUUGCAGUAGAUUUAAGCAUAAUAAGUCUUCAGAUAAGAAAGUACCUCAAUGCCUUUGGUCUGGAUAAGAAAUCUCUGAAGAUUCUCUGUGAGCAAUCUGGACAGACCAUGGAAACCCUGGAGAAUCUGAUUACCUCAGUUUGGUAUAAAGGUCUUUUGACAGGUUCACUCUUAUCCAAGCUGCUUGAUUCAACACUUCUUGUAUCUGAAGAUGCUGUUGAGCGUGCGUUUAGCAUUAUUCCCUUUAUAGGCUCUUUGGUGGCAGGGGGACUGUCUUUUGUUACCGUGAAACUCAUGCUAAACAAAGCAAUAGAUGAUAUAGCAGAAGAUGCCAGGAAAGUGUUAAUGGCUGCAUUUAAGAAUUUAGAGUAGUAGGCAAAUUAAAAGCAGUCAUACAAAUUUAAUGCUAAAUCAAUGUAGGCUAGAAGAAUCAUAUCUCGUAUCAACUUUAGACCAUUAUAAUGCAAUAUACAAGUCAUUUCCUUAUAUCAGAACAUACACAGUAAGUAAAACAUGUCUUAAAGUAAUUUCAAGGUAAGCAAUGAUAGAUCAUUGGGAUAAGAGAUUUGGGAAUGUGGGUGUGUGACUGUAAGUGAGUUGUUUUUUUAAUGUUCUUGUUAAUCUUUUUGUCAGUGAUUCUGCUUAAUUGUUGUAAUCAUUAUUGACGCUCAAUCAUCAUUUAAUUAAUCACUUGACAUCAAGUCAGCAUUGGAUUUUGGAUUGGAUUGGAUUUUGACAUUUAUUUUCAUUUUCAAAAUCCAACGUGGGCCGAACCUUGUCGAUGUUGUAUUUUAAUGUCCUUCUGGUGUUAAAUUGACAACCAGUGGAGGCUGGAUUCGAUCUGAAUUCAUAUACUAUUGCUAGCCUACUAUUAUAGCCUAUUAGUCUUAGUCUUAGUCUUAGUCAAACUUUAUUUUAGCUAAUAGGCAUAUGUUAUUUAUAUGCAGAUCAAUGAGAACGGGUAGCAAAUGUACAUAUUUUUACGCUCGUAGUAGAAUAUGUUACGUUUACAAACACUUUUUUACAAAAAUUCUGUUAAUUUAUUUCACUUUAUUAUUCAGGUUGAUACAUAUUUGCAUGAAAUAAGCUACUUGUCUUAUAGCAACUGUAUAUAUGUAAAUUUAUGUUGGCCCUAUAUCCAAAAUAUGACCAGUUCUGUCACAAUUUCUCUGGGUAGCUGCGUUGCAUGUGUUUAAAAUCUCUUUCUCUUUCUCUCUCUCUCUCAACGUGGUUGACUUAUUAAUGUGCAUGGAAAACUCUGUCACGAAGUCAAAUAUGUAUGUGUUUGAGCCCAAUAAAAUAAAAGCUUUUUC